AUGGAAGGAGAUAUGCUCCCUCUGGAACCAAAUAACUCCUACAUCAUGAAGCUGCAAAAGGACCCAAAAGUUAUACUUAACUCCUGGCCUGACAAGCCGAUCAUGACAAGAGGGUACAAACGGGUGAAAGGAAAAAACUUCAAAGGAAAUCUGAAUCUGAUAGGAGACCAAGUGGCAGGAACAAAGCUUUGCAUAGAAGUGAAAACUAUAGAGACCGCAAACUUCAAGUGCCAAAGAGAACGGCCACUGCAUGAACAAGAUAAAACACUAGAGACGCCCCUCAUCUCAGUCCCUGUGGCAUGGGUUGCCAACUCGAUCUCGGUAUCCUCAGCACACAGUUUUUGUGCGAGUGCCCUCUAUGAACUCCCAUUUGACAAGACUGCCAAGGCACCCAGCCUGUUCGCCCGAGACUGCCAAGGUGCACAGCCUGUUCUCCCAGCAUGGAUCGUCGUCGCAGCAACUCCGCUCACCUGGCCUGCUCGUCUUUCCACAGCGUGUGCUCCAGCACACCUAGCUUGCACGUUAGCGGAGCCCGAGGCAAGCCCAUACACCUGUGCGUCUCCCUCUCUCGCCUGA